CACGUGAUCAUAAAAUGGUGGAUGGUAAAAAACGUGUUUCUCUUUAAAUUUGAAAAAAAAAGUCUUCAUAAGGGAAGGUAUUCAAAUAAAGUUUUGUAAUGACUGAAUGUACAGUGUGCGGAGGAAACAACUUUGAGGAACAUGAGGGACAUUUUUUCUGUACCCUUUGCAGUACCCAGUCUCAGGAUGUUCGUGUGAUUGUUGCUGAAGAGGAAAAUUUUGAAAAUUUCAGUAGAACUGGUCAAAUAAGAGAACCAACAACUCCAAGGCAAAACAAGAGGCAGGCCCCAAACGGUGAUUUUGGUCGUCCAUGGAGUGUGUAUGAGGCUUAUCAGAUUAUAAUUCUGCAUCAGGUUGAGGCACUUAUCAAACUUGGGGCGGACAAGAGUUUGAAGGAUGUUGUGUUUCAAAUUUGGGUGAAUUAUUUAUCAAAACUUCGAGUAGCGUUUUCUAAAGAGAAAGAUACAAAAGUAACAUACGAAAGACAGAGGGAAUUAUUUCGAGGCACAACAGAUAAACCAAAAAUCAAAAAUGUUUUUGCAAAAAGAAGUCUGCUGAAAUCACGGGGACUGUCAGCAAAAAAAGUUCGUCAACAAAUGGAAAAAGACCAGACCAUUGUAGCUCUCCAAAAUGAAGAGUUUUAUGAGGGAGAUAAUCCACUCAGUGAAAGUGGGGAAACACAGAGAGUAUCUAGGGGAGAUGAUUCAGACAGCAGUGAAGUGGAAUUGGAGGAGGAUGAAGAGGAAAAGUGGGGAAGAUAUCGG